AAUGCCUUGAACGAUACUCCCGAGCGAGCAGCGUGGGGACGACCGCUGGAAUUCAUAUUGGCAUGUCUAGGAUACGCCGUCGGACUUGGGAAUGUCUGGCGAUUCCCUUACCUGUGCUACAGAAAUGGUGGAGGUGCAUUUUUGAUCCCGUUUUUCUUGAUGUUGGUCCUAAUUGGACUUCCAAUAUUCUACCUUGAGCUGUAUAUUGGACAAUACACAGCAUUGGGGCCAAUCAAGGCUUUUAGUUCGAUUGGUCCUUUCUUCAGCGGCGUUGGUUACUGCACAUUGGUUGUGAUCAGUAUUAUAUCAAUAUAUUUCAUGAUCAUCAUCGCUUGGACUAGUUUUUAUACAUUCGUGUCAAUUGGCGGUCAACUUGGUUGGGGAUCCUGUGACAAUGUGUAUAACACUGACUUUUGUUACAGUGGUUCAUACGAUAAGGAGUGCAGAAUGAAUAACACAGGAGAAUCUUCAGAUCUGACGUAUUAUUUACGAAAGUGCAUGAGCAUUGAUGAAAUAUGUAGAAUGACAGGAUUCGAAUCAUAUGAUGGAAAAUAUUGCUGGAACGGAAAUGAAACAGUUCCUUGGUACACGAACGUUACCAGAAGACUGGCUUCCGAAGAGUACUACAAUGAACGUGUAUUAGGACGCGGUGAUUCCACAUGGGAGAAUUGGGGAACUAUUCAGUGGCACAUAGUUGGAUGUCUUUUCUUUUCUUGGUUUGUGGCAUUCCUAUGUGUUAUAAAGGGGGUACAGUCAGCGGGAAAAGUAGUAUAUUUCACGGCUCUAUUCCCAUACGUGAUGUUAACAGCUUUAUUAAUCAGGGGUGUGACGCUGGAAGGAGCUGCAGAAGGUAUAAUGUUCUACCUAUCCCCUAAUUGGAGUACGCUAUUGGAAGCUCGAGUCUGGGGAGAUGCAGCUUCCCAGAUUUUCUAUUCCUUCGGAGUCGCUUGCGGCUCCCUGGUCACCUUGGCAUCGUAUAACAAGUUCAACAAUAACUGUCAUUUCGACGCCGUAUUUGUCAGCUGUACAAACUUUCUGACAUCAAUAUACGCGGGUUUCGCCAUAUUUUCCGUCCUCGGUUUCCAAGCUCAGAUGAUGGGAGUCAGCGUUGAUGACGUGGCUGAACAAGGACCGGGCUUGGCAUUCGUGGCGUACCCUGAAGCAAUUCUCCAGAUGCCGAUACCACAACUCUGGUCAAUUCUUUUCUUCUUCAUGCUUUUCAUUCUUGGUCUUGGCAGCCAGUUCGCUGGCAUCGAAGCGAUAAACACUGCUAUUGUUGAUCAAUGGCCUCAGCUCAGGAAGAGAUAUUGGAUGGUAACAGCUGCCACGUGUUUCACGUUUUUCAUCCUCGGUCUGCCAAUGUGCUUCAGUGGAGGCGUUUAUUUAUUUACGCUACUGGAUUGGAAUACCGCGUCAUGGGCUAUUCUACUUAUUGGAAUUGCUGAGACCACAGCGGUGUCUUGGAGCUACGGUAUUAACCGCGCUAUGCGAGACUUGGCUUCUAUGGAUAUGAAACUCAAUAAAGUGUUGAGAUUUUACUGGAAGGCUGCCUGGACGUUUACCGUACCUGUUGCGAGUUUUGGUAUUUUAGUGUUCGUUUUCUCCGCUUGGUCCCCGCCAUCUUAUGAGGAUUACCUAUUCCCGCUAUUCGCUGAUCUACUCGGGUGGGCUGUUGGUUUUUCUACGUUGAUUUUAUUCCCUGUCGGAGUAUGUUGGGCUCUUUAUAAAGGAUAUAGGGGCAAAGAACUGUUUACGCCGACACCUGUAUGGCAGCCAGCUGUCAAAUCGCUUGAACCCUUGAACUCCGGUUCCAAUAUUGUCGAUGAUCCUGAGCGUGCAGGACACGAAAAUAUUGCAUAUAUGUAGUUAUAAAAUGAGAAU